UGGUUAAUCUUGAAGAAGAUAUCCUCCUCUCCCUCCUCAUGGCUUCUGCUAUCAUCUUCCUUCUCCUCUUGGCCGCGGCGGCGAUCGCCUCAGCUGUCCCCGACUUGUACAUGGUGACCAGCGGGGAGGGCCACAGCGAGCAGGUGUCCGGGCGGAGCGAGGAAGAGGUGCGUCUGCUCUACCUGGAGUGGGUGGCCAAGCACCGGCCGUCCCGCAACGCGCUCGCGGAAGAGGCGAGCAGGUUCGAGGUGUUCAAGGACAACCUCCGCUACAUCGACGCCCAUAACGCGGCGGCCGACCGCGGGGAGCACGCCUUCCGCCUUGGCCUCAACCGGUUCGCCGCCCUGACCAACGAGGAGUACCGGGCCAAGUAUCUAGGCGUCCGGGCCGCCACGUCCCGCCGGAGGAGGGCCUCAUCGGAGGGCAGCAACCGGUACCGGCUGAGGGACGGCGAUUAUUUGCCUGAUUCCAUCGAUUGGAGGGAGAAGGGCGCUGUUGUCGGCGUUAAAGAUCAAGGCAGCUGCGGGAGCUGCUGGGCAUUUUCGACGAUUGCUGCUGUGGAAGGUAUCAACCAGAUCGUGACUGGCGACCUGAUCUCUCUGUCCGAGCAGGAAUUGGUGGACUGUGACACCUACUACAACCAGGGCUGCAACGGGGGGCUCAUGGAUUAUGCCUUUGAGUUCAUCAUCAACAAUGGUGGUAUCGACACCGAUGAGGACUACCCAUACAAAGCCCGAGAUGGAACUUGCGAUACUUACAGGAAAAAUGCACAUGUUGUGGCAAUUGACUCAUAUGAGGAUGUUCCGGUUAACGAUGAGCAGUCACUGCAAAAAGCAGUUGCUAACCAACCGGUUAGUGUUGCUAUUGAAGCUGGUGGCAGGACAUUCCAGCUUUAUGACUCGGUAAAGUUGCCACAAGAUAAUGCAAUUUUAUAUUUUUACCAAUUUUCUUUGUUUAUAAAAAUUAUGUCACGGCUUAAACUACUACUUGAUCUUUCUUUGAACCGAUGUUCUAAUCCUUAUGGAAGCUUGCAGAUUUUUAUACUUCCACAUUAUGGUGACCUAGGUUGAAAAUCUUUAAUCACU